AUGAUAAAGCCCCAACCGUUUAAGCUUCGCCCGCCUCGGGGUAUUGUUUUUGACAUGGACGGCACACUGACACGCCCACAAACGCAAAUGUUCACCGAUAUGCGGCGUGCUUUGCAAAUUGAGCACGUGAAGAUCGAUAUUCUGGACCAUUUGGCGACACUCCCCGAUAAGGAGAAACAGCUCGCCGAAGAAAAGCUGGCGCAAAUCGAAGAGUCCUACAUGCUCAAGACCGAGCCCACGGUAGGCGUCGUGGAGCUUUUCCAAUUUUUGUCGCGCAAGAAUAUCAAAUACACCGUUUGCACGAGAAACCUGAUGAGGCCCGUGCUUCACCUGCUGGAAACGCAUCUAAAAGGCGUCGAGUUUUGCCAGCCAGUUGUUACUCGAAGUUUCAGGCCCGCCAAGCCCGCUGCAGAGCCGCUGCUCCACAUAGCAGCCGCAUGGGGGUUCGAGCCCAAGGACAUGGUCAUGGUUGGUGACUCACGUGACGACGUGCUAGCUGGCCUGGCAGCCGGGUUCACCACCAUUUUGCUACGCCACGAGGAUAAUGCAAAAGUUGCGGAUGACUUCCCGCAGAUAGAUUACGUGAUUCACGAUUUCCACGAGCUGGUAGAGUUAUUAGACUAG